GGACUUCUGAAAGAGCGGCCGGAUAGCCCUUCCCCGGGCUAACAUUACUGGUUUCGAACGAGGCGGUGCCCUCCAGUUCAGGCGCUCGACGGGUAGCGGGCAACCUCGCUCCCCGUUCCCCGUUCCCCCUCCCCCCUCCCCUCACACUCCGCCCCUCCCCCCGCCCCGGGCCGCGUGUGACGCGCGGUGCCGGUGACGCAACCCUGGUGUCGCGAGAGAGCUGCCUGCGCGCGGCCGGCAGCGGCCACUCCCUAUAAGUAGUGGGGCGAGGCCGGGACUCCACAGUCGGUGGCGGUGACGGUGCUGGAGGCCGCGGUUUCUCCUCUCUUCCCUUCCCUGGCUUUUUAAGAUUCAGGACCUGAAAAAAAUGGCAUUGGCAGCAAUCGAUCCGCAGCAGAACAUUGUAUCCAGAGUUGUCAACCUUCCCUUGGUGAGCUCUACCUAUGAUAUGGUGUCCACAGCUUACAUCUCCACAAAGGAUAACCACCCUUACCUGAAGUCAGUAUGUGAGAUAGCAGAGAAAGGAGUGAAGACAAUUACUUCAGUAGCCAUGACGAGCGCUAUGCCUAUCAUCCAGAAACUGGAACCACAAAUUGUAGUUGCCAACAACUAUGCAUGCAUAGGUCUAGACAAAAUUGAAGAGAGACUGCCUAUACUGAAUCAACCCACUGACAAGGUUGUCGCCAAUGCCAAGGAUGUAGUUGUGGGAGCCAGAGAAGCUGUAACAACUACUGUGACCGGUGCCAAGGAUACUGUUGCUCACACGAUCACUGGCGUUGUGGGCAAGACUAAAGAAGCGAUGCAAGACAGCGUAAAUAUGACCAAGUCUGUUGUCAAUGGCAGCAUUAACACUGUCCUGGGAAGUCGUGUGGUGCAGAUGGUGAGCAGUGGAGUGGACAGUGCUCUCACUAAAUCCGAGACCCUUGUAGACCAGUAUCUCCCACUAACAGAAGCAGAACUAGAAAAAGAAGCUGCAAAAGUUGAAGGUUUUGAAGUUGGAGUUCAAAAGCCAAGCUACUAUGUUAGAUUAGGAUCCCUGUCUUCAAAGGUUCGCACACGUGCCUACGAACAAGCCUUAAGUAAAGUCAGAGAUGCUAAACAGAAAAGCCAGGAGACAAUCUCUCAGCUGCACCACACUGUUAAUCUGAUUGAGUAUGCCAGGAAGAACAUGAAUAGUGCCAAUGAGAAACUUCUUGGUGCUCAGGAAAAACUUUAUCAGUCCUGGGUAGAGUGGAAGAAGAGUACAGGCCAAAAUGAUGGUGAUGAACCGCAGAGUGCUGAGCACAUUGAAUCAAGAACUCUAGCUAUUGCACGGAGCCUCACUCAGCAGCUUCAGACCACCUGCCUCACACUGAUCUCGAGCCUACAGGGCCUGCCACAGAAUGUGCAGAAUCAGGUUAACAGUGUUGGGUCAAUGGCAGGUGAUGCCUACCAGAGCUUUCGGUCAGCAUCCUCCUUCCAAGAAUUAUCAGACAGCUUUCUUACCUCUAGCAAAGGACAGAUGAAGAAAAUGAAGGAGUCUCUGGAUGAUGUGAUGGAUUAUCUUGUUAACAACACACCACUCAACUGGCUGGUAGGUCCCUUUUACCCACAACUGCCUGGCCUUCAGCAUGCUGAGAGCAAAGGUGAAGGGGAGAAAAAUUCCAGCCAGAAAGACAAACAGCCUGAACACAUUACUGAAUAAACUGCAUAGCAUGCAUGUACUCUGCUGACUGACCAAACAAGUGGCCUUAGCAAGUGCAGCUGUCAAAAAAGCCUUGGAGAAAAAUUCUUGAGCAUAAGACUGAGGGAAUGGUACAGAGAAAAGACACGUCUGUACUGUUCUGUGUAGUUCAGCCAACUCAAAACUCAAGCUGUAUCAAAUGCCUAAAUCUUGACAGCUUACAGUUGCCAAGAUGCCUUGUUUGUCUGCCAAGUUAAGAAACCUCACCAUACUUAUUAAUUACAUUAGUGCCAUUAGUGUAAAUGAAACCUACCAGAGCUAAAAACAUUUGAUUUGCUGCUUAGUCUGUACCAGAAUGAUAUAAAAGCCUUGUAUACAAUGAAAUGCACUUAAAGACCCUGCAGUCUAGCCUAGGUAUGCUUAAAUUCCAUUUCCAUUUUUUCUUCAGAUCAUGUAUUUAAUUAUGCAUCUGACUGUCUCAGAUUGCACUGCUACACAGUUUAUGUCAAAAUUUUCAUGAGUGCAGAAUCCCAGAGCUGAAGGUGGGGUUUCUGAACAAGUCAGCUGGAGUUACUUAAAUGCUGUGACAGUGUUAACUAUAUAAACAAAACUGUUGAAUAAUACAGCAACCUGACACCAGAGUCAUUAAGUACCUGAAGCUGGAAAAGACCGGAAUCAUUCAAACACUCUGCUCCUGGCAGGACUACCUAAAACUAAACCAUAUGGCUAGGAGUGUCAUUCUGGCUGUCCUGGAGCUUUGACAGCCUUGGUGCAGUGACCAGUUCUUGGGAGCCUGUUGCAGUGCCAAAACAAAUCGCUAUCAAUAUAUUUUUUUAAUAUGCAGUCUACAGAAAAGAUUCAUGCUGUUUGUACCAAAGUGCCUACUGUUAUGUGGGUUGCUUUUUUUUGUAGCCAUCUUUUUGUAAUGAAUUUUGUAUGUUAGUAAUAAAUGCAUCAGUAGCCAAAGUCUGUCUCUAUUUCAGU